GAUCGAACUCGCGAUUUUCACGUAACACACCUCCACGGAGGAGUAUCAUAUAAGCAUGAGGCCUUAACCAGCUUGGCCACGGGAGCAGAUGUCGACAGCUUAAUUUGUAUAAGGUAUAUAUACGAUUAUCAAAAAAAUCAGUAAUUAAAACAACGGACAUAUUUUGCCUGAAGUAUGAGGUUUGUUGUACAUUGAUCUUUGCCUGAGAAUUUAUUAGCUCUAAAUCAUGGAAUUGAACCGACAGUCGUAUGGUAACAACUUUCUGCAAUUGAAAGUUCUGGCUACCGUAAUAGAUAAUUUUGAGCUUUUGAGUGAACCGUGAUAUCUUUCAGUAUGCAUUCGAGUUUUAAGGGGCUACUACUUUAGGUGUAGUAGCACUUCCCUUUGGGUAAUAGUUUAUUGCUACUCAAGUGGUUUGCAGAUGUAAUUUUACAAAAAAUCAUAUUUAUAUUAUCCAAAGAAAAAACUUCAUUGCAUACAUUAGAAACCAUUUCGGUAUCGGCAUAUGUGCAAAAAAGAGGUAACUUAUUAUAUGGCUACAGCUCUAGAAGGGGAGUUGUCUUAAUGGGCUUUUUUAAAUAGAAAGCUUAUGCUUUCACCAUUAUGUGUACGGCGAAUGGCUUCAGCUAAAACACCACUGAUGUCAAUCAAAGCAAGCUUAGUGCUUUGUGCUAAUGCUUGUGGCUUAAUGGGAUAAGUGUUUGUCACGACAAUUUGCUCAAUAUAGUUGCAAUUUUCUAAGUCUCUGAGACAGUUGUUUUGGAAAAUGCCAUGCGAACCCAUUACGAUAACACGUUUUGCUCCGCAGCGUUUUACCAAAUGUUCUGCAGCAAUGAUAAAGGUGGUAGGGUUUUCAAUCAUAUCGUCCAUCAAUAAAGUGGUUUUACCGCGAACAUCACCAACCAAGGUAAUCAUACGCUCGGUAAAGAUAGAAGCUGACAUUAUCUUCUCCUCUUCCUCAUCAUCACUGGGACAUCCACCCUGAGAGUAAGUGUUUUCCAAUUGACAAUCCUCAGAGACAUUACUAGCGGGAGUACCGACAACUUCCUCGUCAUCUACGAUAUGUCCUAAUAAGUACUUGGAUGUGUGAAUCCGUGGAUGAUCCGACUGCUUAUUAGAAACAUGCUCUUCUUCCAUGAUAGAUUCAUCCAUACUACGGGGGAAAUGAGAGCGUCUACUUCUGUCCGUGUUGCACAAAGCAAAUUCUAAGCCUAGCGUAUCGGCCAUACUGGUCACCCGCUUGGCACCACCAGGGCUUUUCGAUACCACAACUGCUUCCUGCCAGUCCUCAACAUUUCUGCGGAUCCAUUCGGCAAUGUUCGGCUCGGCGUACAAGUUAUCAACUGGACGAGUGAAAAAUCCUUGCAUUUGAGAUGCAUGUAAGUCUAAAGUGAUAAUAUGAUCAACUCCAGCUACGGUCAAUAGGUUCGCAACCAUUCGGGCGGUGAUUGCAUCACGAUAUUUUCUCAUUUUUGACUGCUUGGAAUAAGGAAAAUAAGGCAUGACAGCUGUGAUUCUCCUAGCAGAACCACCUUUGCAAGCACUGAUUAUAAUGAGCAACUCCAUCAAACUGUCAUUCACAGUAGAGCUACCACUUUGAAGAACGAAAACAUCUUUGUCACGCACAGAGUCAUGAAUCUCAACGCUCGUUUCACCAUUCGAAAAUCGUUUCAACGACACCUCACAGGGUUUAAUCCCUAACCGUUGCGAAAUCAAUCGCAACAGUUCUGGAUGCGAGGUACCUCCAAUAAUUGCUGCACUCUUCAUCCUCUCUAUCUCGUUGUCGUCCUGUUUAGUCACUUUUCCGGCUAAUAUCUCUCCUUUUCACGAUUCGGAAACCGUAUUCAGCAAUCUCUUUCGUCUUAACGCAAGCAAGCUUUUCUUUAGUUCUACCGGUCUCUAACUAGAAACGUAGAAUUUUACGCAACUUGUUUCCGUAUGAUCAUAAGUUGGAAGUUGGUUUUAAUUUAUUUCUCUCUUCGGUUGCGCAACUCUGUCUAACAAAAUUAAUAUAGGAAACUGCAACGAAAGUUUGUGGACUCAUAAGGAAGAAUAGCACAACUCCUUAUUCUGGUAGGUAUCGAAAGUGUUUGGUGUACAAUCCAUACCAGAGCCUAUACUACUACAUACUUGUUUCGUAAUAACAAAGUGUACGGCGAACGGCUGACUUGUCGACAAAAUGAAUUCAAUUUUAACAAAAUAUACGGAAAAAGCUUCCAAUGAUGAGGACCAAUGUGUAAAGGAUGAAAGAUUUCAAAACAAUUUUAACAUCGUUCCAGUUCCUGAAGCUUCUAUGUACUUACGAAGUUUAACUGAUGAAACUCAAAACCGCAGCUGCUUAAUCAAAAUGAAUCACGGUACUACCACACUUGCAUUUCGUUACCAACACGGUAUUGUGGUAUGUGUUGAUUCCCGUGCAUCAGCUGGUCCUUUGGUCGCCUCACAAACCGUGAAGAAAGUUAUUGAAAUCAAUCCAUAUCUUUUAGGCACACUAGCUGGUGGUGCUGCUGAUUGUCAGUUUUGGCAAACCGUCCUAGGUAUGGAGUGCCGUCUCCACCAACUCCGUAACAAGGAAUUGAUUUCCGUCUCCGCUGCCAGUAAGAUCUUGGCCAACAUCAUGUAUUCAUACAAGGGUUAUGGACUCAGUAUGGGUACAAUGCUUGCUGGAACCGGAAAAGGCGGUACAGCAUUGUAUUACAUUGAUAGUGAUGGUACUCGUCUUAAGGGAGAUGUAUUUUCUGUUGGUUCUGGUUCUACCUUUGCUUAUGGUGUUCUUGAUUCCGGCUAUGAUUGGAAUUUAUCAAAAGAAGAUGCUCUGAACCUUGGUCGCCGAUCCAUUGUUGCAGCCACCCACAGAGACGCUUAUUCUGGUGGUAGCUUAAAUCUAUACCAUAUUGACGAGAACGGUUGGCAAUUUCAUGGUAACUUUGACGUUGAUAAGCUCAUAUGGGAAGCAAAGGAUACGGAAGGUUCUUUUGCUCAUAUUCCUCGAUAAAUGAACACUUCUUCAUAUUGAAAAGCCAUAGACAGGUAAAGUCUUGAAGGUUCAUAUAUAUCCAAAGUUUAUAUUGCUCUUUAGCCAAUAUUGAUGUGAAACUUUGCGUACAGAAACAACGGUUACGCUUCGUUUAUAUUUGAGCCUUGUGAAACCUGGGGAGUUCUUGAUGAACCGAAGCGAUCUAGUUGUCUUUUCCCUUUUGAUGUCCUAUUUCUAGUCUAUCAUUUCUUUUGCUACGAUUAUAGAUUUUCCUUAUUUUUAUUUCAAUGAGAUAAUGGUUAUCCCGUUAUUCUAUCAACAAUAAACCACACUACAUCUUCUCUCAAUGUUUAGUUGUACGAUCAGCAGCUGUUAACUAAAGAAAAUGUAGCAUUUUCCUUUGUAUAGAACUUGUAGUAUAAAUAAACAAGUAGAUUUUCUUUUUCCAUCUCUGA